AUGGGCGUAGACUUCGACGUGAAGACCUUCUGCCACAAUCUGCGGGCCACCAAGCCGCCCUACGAGUGCCCGGUGGGCACCUGCCGCAAGAUCUACAAGAGCUACAGCGGGAUCGAGUACCACCUGUACCACUAUGACCACGACAACCCGCCCCUGCCCCAGCACACCCCCUUGCGCAAGCACAAGAAGAAGGGGCGCCAGGCCCGAGCCGCCAACAAGCAGUCGCCCAGCCCCUCCGAGACCUCCCAAUCGCCCGGCCGAGAGGUGAUGACCUACGCCCAGGCCCAGCGCAUGGUGGAGGUGGACUUGCAUGGCCGCGUCCACCGCAUCAGCAUCUUCGAUAAUCUCGACGUGGUGUCCGAGGACGAGGAUAUUCCCGAGGAGGUGCCCGAGAAUGGGAGCAAUAAGGAGAGCACGGAGACGCAGAGCGUCCCGCCCAAAUCUGGGAAGCACAAGAACAAGGAGAAACGCAAGGACUCCAACCACCAUCACCACAACGCCUCGGCCAGCACUACCCCCAAGCUGCCCGAGGUGGUGUACCGAGAGCUGGAGCAGGACACCCCUGACGCCCCGCCUCGUCCCACUUCGUACUACAGGUACAUUGAGAAAUCGGCAGAGGAGCUGGAUGAGGAGGUGGAGUACGACAUGGAUGAGGAGGAUUACAUCUGGCUGGACAUCAUGAACGAGAGGCGGAAGAACGAAGGCGUGAGUCCUAUUCCCCAGGAGAUCUUUGAGUACCUGAUGGACCGGCUAGAGAAGGAGUCCUACUUCGAGAGCCACAACAAGGGGGACCCAAACGCCUUGGUGGAUGAGGAUGCUGUCUGCUGCAUCUGCAACGACGGGGAGUGUCAGAACAGCAAUGUCAUCCUCUUCUGCGAUAUGUGCAACCUGGCUGUGCACCAGGAGUGCUACGGGGUGCCCUACAUCCCCGAGGGACAGUGGCUCUGCAGACGGUGCCUGCAGUCACCCUCACGUGCUGUGGACUGCGCCCUCUGCCCAAACAAGGGGGGAGCAUUCAAGCAGACGGACGAUGGGCGCUGGGCACAUGUGGUCUGUGCCCUCUGGAUCCCGGAGGUGUGCUUUGCCAACACUGUCUUCCUGGAGCCCAUUGACAGCAUCGAGCACAUCCCGCCCGCACGCUGGAAGCUGACCUGUUACAUUUGCAAGCAGCGUGGCUCUGGGGCUUGCAUCCAAUGUCACAAAGCCAAUUGCUACACUGCCUUCCAUGUCACCUGUGCCCAGCAGGCCGGGCUGUACAUGAAGAUGGAGCCCGUCCGGGAGACGGGUGCCAACGGUACCUCUUUCAGUGUGCGCAAAACCGCCUACUGCGACAUCCACACACCGCCAGGGUCUGUGCGCAGGCUCCCCGCCCUGUCCCACAGCGAGGGAGAAGAGGAGGAUGAGGAGGAAGAGGAGGAGGGGAAGGGCUGGAGUUCUGAGAAAGUCAAAAAAGCAAAGGCCAAGUCUAGGAUCAAGAUGAAGAAGGCAAGGAAGAUCCUGGCAGAGAAACGAGCUGCAGCACCAGUGGUUUCUGUGCCCUGCAUCCCCCCCCACAGGCUCAGUAAGAUUACAAACCGUUUAACCAUCCAGAGGAAGAGCCAGUUCAUGCAGAGGCUGCACAGCUACUGGACUCUGAAGAGACAGUCCCGUAAUGGUGUCCCCCUUCUCCGCCGCCUUCAGACACACUUGCAGUCACAAAGAAACUGCGACCAUAGAGACACUGAGGAUAAGAACUGGGCCCUGAAGGAACAGCUGAAGUCAUGGCAGCGCCUGCGCCAUGACCUUGAGCGUGCACGCUUGCUGGUGGAGCUGAUACGCAAGCGGGAGAAGCUCAAGAGAGAGACGAUCAAAGUGCAGCAGGUGGCACUGGAAAUGCAGCUGACUCCCUUCCUCAUCCUCCUCCGCAAGACACUUGAGCAGCUGCAGGAGAAAGACACAGGCAACAUCUUCAGUGAGCCGGUCCCUCUGUCUGAGGUCCCAGACUACCUGGAUCACAUCAAGAAGCCAAUGGAUUUUCAGACAAUGAAACAAAAUCUAGAAGCCUAUCGCUAUCUGAAUUUCGACGACUUUGAGGAGGAUUUCAACCUGAUUAUUAACAACUGUUUGAAAUACAAUGCCAAAGACACGAUCUUCUACCGGGCAGCCAUCCGUCUGCGGGAGCAGGGAGGUGCUGUGCUCCGGCAGGCUCGCCGGCAGGCAGAGAAGAUGGGCAUUGACUUUGAGACAGGCAUGCACUUCCCACACUGUGUAACGGUGGAAGAGGCUCAGAUCCAAGACAUUGAGGAUGAAGAUGUGCGGCUGCUGCUCUCGGAGAAUCAGAAACACCUGCCCUUGGAGGAGCAGCUAAAGAUCCUGCUAGAGCGGCUGGACGAGGUCAACGCAGGCAAGCAGAGCAUAGGACGGUCCCGCCGGGCCAAGAUGAUCAAGAAGGAGAUCACAGUCCUACGGCGGAAGCUCGCACACCCACGGGACCUGGGCCGGGAGCUGGAGCGGCACAGCUCCUCUGCCAGGGGAGCCCUGCAGUCCCACAACCCCUGUGAGAAGGACCUGCAGACAGACAGUGCUGCAGAGGAGAGCAGCAGCCAGGAGACUGGCAAAGGUUUGGGUCCCAAUUCUUCUUCUACCCCAGCACAUGAAGUUGGCAGGAGGACCUCUGUGCUUUUCUCCAAGAAGAACCCUAAAACUGCAGGCCCUCCAAAACGUCCAGGACGCCCCCCAAAGAAUCGAGACAGCCAGAUCACUCCUGGGCAUGGGAGCAGCCCCAUUGGGCCUCCCCAGCUGCCAAUAAUGGGGUCCUCCCAGCGGCAGAGGAAGCGGGGGCGAAGCCCGCGCCCCAGUUCCAGCUCAGACAGCGACAGUGACAAGUCCACGGAGGACGCUACCAUGGACCUGCCAGCCAACGGUUUCAGCAGCGGGAACCAGCCCGUGAAGAAGAGCUUCCUGGUGUACCGCAAUGACUGCAAUCUUCCCCGGAGCAGCUCUGACUCGGAGUCCAGCAGCAGCAGCAGCAGCAGCGCUGCCUCAGACCGCACCAGCACAACUCCCUCCAAGCAGGGCAGAGGGAAACCCUCCUUCUCCCGAGUGAACUUCCCAGAGGACAGCAGUGAGGACACAUCAGGGACAGAGAACGAGUCCUACUCCGUGGGCACAGGACGAGGUGUGGGGCAUGGCAGUAAGUACUAUGGCUGUGCAGCCUGUGUGCCUGGCUGGCACUAUCACCUAUGGGGGACACAGCUGACUCUCCUCUCCUGCUGUACAGUGGUGCGUAAGGGCAUGGGACGUGGCGCAGGGUGGCUGUCUGAGGAUGAGGAUUCUUCCCUGGAUGCCCUGGACCUGGUGUGGGCUAAGUGCCGGGGUUACCCGUCCUACCCGGCGUUGAUCAUUGACCCCAAGAUGCCGCGGGAAGGCAUGUUCCACCAUGGUGUUCCCAUCCCCGUGCCCCCCUUGGAGGUGCUGAAGUUGGGGGAGCAGAUGACUCAGGAAGCACGCGAGCACCUCUACCUUGUCCUCUUCUUCGACAACAAGCGCACUUGGCAGUGGUUGCCCCGGACAAAGCUGGUGCCUCUGGGGGUGAACCAAGACCUGGACAAAGAGAAGAUGCUGGAGGGCCGCAAGUCCAACAUCCGCAAGUCGGUGCAGAUCGCCUACCAUCGCGCCAUGCAGCACCGCAACAAGGUGCAAGGCGAGCAGAGCAGCGACUCCAGCGAGAGCGACUGAGCCGGUGCCGCCGGCCGCUCCCCCGC